CGUCGGAGACCUUUCCCGUUGGGCACAGCUUCCGACCUUUGCCGACCACGUCUCACCCCUCCCGGCGGUGUACAUUACAGUGUAACUUGGUAGAAAGUUGCUAACCACCAUUGCUAACAGCUUCAGGACCUUUCCUGUUCCCCCUCAGCCACUUAAGUACCUGGAGGGAGGGCCCAAGUUGACCCGCGCCUGAUCUACCCAGGGACUCCAUUAUGUUGGAUGAGCCAGACUCUACUGUACUGACUACUGGGACUCAGUGCUGCAGAAUCCUGGGAGCUGUAGCUUCAUGUGGUGUCUAAAUGUCUCUGCCACAGAAAGCUCUUGCCUUCUUAAACUACAACUCCCAGGAAUUUGGUCUCAGUGAGCAGUUAAAAUGGAGUCACGCUGCAUUAGUGGCCCAAAUCAGGGAAGCCUUACAGAAUCAAAGGAAACCAUGUAGGCCUUUUGGAGACUCCUUGAAGGCCUCUUCCCUCCCAAAGGCAUCCCGGGAAGACCUUUCCUUUCUUUGCACAACCUCCAGUUCCCUCUUGAUUUCCUUUUGCCUGUCCAAACUUGCAGGUCGUGUUUUGAUUGACAGGAGGGGCGGACGGGACUGGCUUAUCUCCUCGCCUUGCUCUUUCCUCGCUGUUCGACUGAGGGAAUGAAUGGCCUGAAUGGAACUUCGUUCAGCAUGGACUCAUUUUGGGAACAUCCCAACAAGCCUCAGUGUGGGUUUGAAUGAGCCGGGUGGGAAGGCAGAUCCUUGGUCAUUUGGAGGAUUUCUUCGUCCCCAAGCUCGGAUUAUAUAAUAUGCGCCAGGUUAUGCAUAUAUAGGGUUGUUGUAUGUCUUUCGGGGUGUGUGGCCAUGUUCCAGAAGUAUUCUCUCCUGAUGUUUCGCCCACAUCUAUGGCAGGCAUCCUCAGAGGUUGUGAGGCAUGGAUAAACUAGGCAAGGAAGGUAAAUAUAUAUCUGUGGAGAGUCCAGGGUGUGACAAGAGUCCUUUGUCAGUUGGAAGCCAGCAUUAAUGUUGCAAUUAAUCACCCUAAUUAGCAUUGGAAAGGUUUGUCUCUUGCCUGGGGGGCAUCCCCUGUUCAGAGUCAUUAGCCGUCCUUGGGGCUCCUCUGCCCUCAGAGUGUUGCUUCCCAUUUACUGUUCUGAGUUUUGAGUUUUUUAAUACUGGUAGCCAGAAUUUGUUCAUUUUCAUGGUUUCCUCCUUUCUGUUGAAGUUGUCCACAUGCUUGUGGAUUUCAAUGGCUUCUCUGUGUAGUCUGACAUGAUAGUUGUUGGAGUGGUCAAGCAUUUCUGCAUAUAUAGAUUGUAUAAUUAUAUAUACAGUAUAUUACUAGCUUGGGUCCCCAGCGUUGGCCCAGUUAUUCGAAAAAGUAAUUUUUUAAUUGUACAAAUUCAUGGUUCAGGUGUUUCUCACUUUUAGCUGCCAGAACCUCCAUGCCAUCUUGCAUCGCAGCUUUCUCCAUUUUGUCGGGUAUUCUUCUGGUCUUGCAGUUCAGACUCACUGCUGGCAUGAUGCUCCUGGUGGCUGACAUCUGCUGUCGAGCAUUCCUUAGAGCAGAUCAUUCUCGUUUCCCAGCAGGAGGGAGUCCUUGCUGUCCCAGUCGGUGCAUGGGUCCCUGUGCUCACUCUCUCUGUGUAGGGCCGUGGGCUUUGUCCUUCCCCAUUCUAGCUGGUGGGGCCUGUCGGGACUGUCCUUUCUCUCCCUGGGCCGAUGUGGCUCCCUCCAGCACUCUGCUGCUCGACGGCUUUCCUUCCCGCAUGGGAAACAAGGAUCCCGUUGUCCUUUUCUUUCCUGGCUGCUCAACCAUCCUUGUGGAGGAUUCUGUGGACCUCCUCCUCCCAAGGCUAUUGCUGUCAGUCCUUGGAAGGUGUAGGACACAAAGGUAGGCUCACACAGCUGGGGCUAUGGAAACUUUAUUGAAUCCGCCUUGCCAAGAUGAUCACAAAGCUUACACUGUCCCUUUUCCGCCAGCCCCCCCAGUAUAUCAAGAUGCUUCUUCCCUCCCUCUCCCACGUUUCCCCCUUCCCAUUCACACCUUCCCGUCAACAGUUCUUUCCCAUGUUUGAAACCCAGAGCAGGUCAUAAAUCAGUCUUUCCAAACAAAUGGUCUUCCUCUUCCGGCUCUCCCCGCCCCUUUGCUCUGGUCGGAUGUGAAAAGGUCAGUUGGCUUUUUGCAUCCUGACAAUUGCGGUGUUUCUCCUGAUGACGCCAUCCCUGGCUCCUUGUCUCACUUGCUCUUUGUCAUACUCCACUCUCCCCGCUAAGAUGAUCCAUUCCUCUAGAGACCUGGGACUCCUUGGCCCACAGGAUACUGGGUCAAACUCUGUGGUCCUCUAUUCUCUCCCAAAUUUAGUGACUCUUCUGGGUCUUCUCCCAGAAAUGACGGGUCGAGUGCUAGGGCAGCCAUGAGAGCUGCAGUCCCACAGGGGGAGAACUCCUGCGGGGUUGUCUCUAAGGCCUCGCUAGGUGUCCAGUCUCUGACAUCCUGCUGCUACACACCUCUCAUUGUUGGUAGAGAAAGAGCCUUUCGAAGAGACAGGGCUUAAUGUCAGAAAGAAAGUUGCUUCUAAGCUCUAACCCUAAUGCACCAGGUUAUAUCUCUUCCCUGUUUCCUUUCACCGCCUCAUUGUUUACACAUUCCCAUGGAACCUAACUGCUGUCUCCAUAACAACCAUUAUGGUUACCUUCCCUCUCCCACCCUUGAUCACCCAGAUGGUCAUCAUUAACAGCUUCUUGUUCACAGCUCUUUGAUGGCAUGGUCACUCCUAAGGCUUCCUUCGAAGAUAGAGUGAUCCAUGACAGCUGAUGCCUUAUUGAAUGGCAACUCCCAAACAUUCUAUAGUAUUGAUCUAUGGCAGCUGAGGUUGGACUCAGUUUGUGUUUGUUCUACAUGGUAGGUGUGUCCCAGGUCAGGGAAGCCUUUCAGAAGCAGAGAACAGCAUUUUGGACCUUGUAGAGGCCACUUGGGGCACUUCCAGACAGCACUAAAUCACGGGUUUUAAACAGGGGCAAAAGAUCCCAGAACUUCAGAAGAGGUCCACAUACAGACCUGUUGGUCCUGGGAUUUCUGCCUCCAUUGUCCAGACUUGCUGCUUUGUUCCGAGAGUUAGAGGCUCCCAAAAUGGUUGCUGCAGGACUUCUGCCUGAAACCUCAGCGGGUUUUUUUUUUAAAAUGGCAAGAUGCAGAUUUGCAGAGAUUCAGAUAUGUGGAUCACUGCAACAGUUCCGUUCUUUGUCCUGGCCAGAGAAACUGCCCUCCAAACGUUUCAUGAAGUAUUUGCCACACAAACAAACCUAAUGGGGCAGGGCCACCUUGCCCAAGUCAGCACUGCACAAUAAAACAGGAACAGGCAAUUGUAAGCCAGGAACAGAAGUUUGUCCUUAUCUUCUACUUUUACAGCCUGGCUGCCUGGCCAUCUGUCCAGACAGAUUUGGUUGUGUACUUGUGGCAUCGAACAACAGGGCGCUGUUCCUAGGUUCCACAUGACUUUCCCUAUUAGCCACCUGCAUGACCUUGUCUCUAUAUAUUUACAUUCCUCUCCAGCACGUCCCUGUCCCAACAGCCCGUAGUAAGCAUUUGUCAUUUACGUUACCCAUGUUGUCAGCACACACCCAAUGAGGAACCAACAUAUAUAGCCUGGCAAUAUCAUCAUGUUGUUCCCUGGCGCAAGUACACUACAAAACCUGUCUUCACCGAUGGCAUACAACAAAGUGUGAGUAAUUAUAGUAAUGAUGGCAUUCUGUUCCUGGUUUGAAAGUGUCUGCUCCUGUGUCAUUGUGUACUGCUUACUGUGAAGGUACUUGUUGCACCCCAGGAACUCGAUUUUUCAGCCACAACCUUCAUUAAACAGGUGAAGGGUGAAGUUCCUCUUCCCUGGCCAAAGUUUUUGCCUUCUUACUCGAGUGUCACCUUCCUUUUAGGAACCAACCAAUCAUGAACAAGCAUCUAAAACCCGGGAACAAACCCAGUUCAAAAAUCCUGUGAUUUCCGAUUCCAGGGACAUGCAGACAUGCGAAGAUCUGGAUAUUUGGCAAAAACCACGAUAUUCCCACACCUGGAAAUCUCGCGUUUUUUGCCUUUUCUAGCGGUUGCUUUUGGGUUUACAGGGAACGGUGUCUGGCCACCCUACUGUUUACUACGGAAGCUCCUGGGAUGAAGGGACUGUCUGGACGGGCCCUUGGAGGCAUCCUCCAAAAAGUAUCCAGGCAGACUUUUUUCCCCACAGCCUCUGUUUUUCUCAAGAUUUCCUUUUGGUUGGCCAAAUAUUGAGGCCCAUACUUUUAUUUAAUGCCAGGGGAGGGGGCAAUUGAAUUAUCUGCUCCCUCCCUUUUCCUUCUGUUUUGCUCAUGCUCAGUAAGUCAUUUGUGAGGCAUCUUCCAGGACAGGAAUGGACAGAGUGGGUGCCGUUCUUCCCCAGGUUGGGAUUUAAUGGCUUAGAUUACGGCAGACACGUUCCUACAACCCUGUGCACAUAACCCGUGUUUCUCUCAAUCGCCUUCACCUGCUGAAAAGCCUUUCCCCACAACAGAGGGCAGGAAAUAGAGGCGGAAAUGGACAGGGUGGAAAGGGCUGGGCAGGAAGGAGGGUUUCCCGACUGCGCUGUGCCUGUGAAUUUGCAUGCCGUCCUGCGGCUCAACCAAGGGAGUGAACAAUCCAACGGGGACUUAGUCCAGGCGAGACCAGUUCUGUGGAGAUCUCAGCAUGCCUAAAUGGGGUGUUGAAUUUGCCAGGCAGGAAGGCAACAUCUUUGGGAAUUUGGGGUUCCUUUGAGAGAUGUAGGAAAUGUGGUGGCAGCAGAGGCCCAAUUUGGGAUGCACAGGAGACGGACCUGGGAUCCCUUGUGGCCUGAAAGGGAACCUGAAAUUCAUGAAAUCAUCAGGAAAGGGAUCAUUGUGCCUCUUAAGAUUUAACUUAUGCUGGUAAUUCAAGGAAACCCAUUAUUCAGAGUGAAUGACGUCCUGUCUAUGGUCUGUUUGACUGUCUGCCUUGUGUUUCUUUACCCAUGUUUAGGUCAAGCCAACAAAACCAAUGUGGUUCUUUAGUAUUGUACGAAGGUCCCUUUUUCUUCCAUCCAUCCCUCUUUCCUUCCAUCAAUCACUCAUUAUUUUCAUCCUCCCUCCCUUCUUUCCUUCUGAAUCCAUCCCUUAUAGUUCAUAAAUCUGUGAUCACCUUUGCUUGUUUCUGUGUGUCCUUGAGACCCUUCAUAUCUCCAUUUCUGGGUAGUUCAAUUUUCAACACAAGCACUGAAUGGAAAAGAGGAUCAUCUUGGAAAUAAAGGAAGUUUGCAGGUUCAUGUUUAACCUUUUGCUCUUCUUUCUUGAUCAGGGAAAUGAAGACCCUAUGAAGUCACCACGGGCAUAAAAAGAAAAUAUCAAUAUCUAGUGGAGAUUGAGGAAUUUGGAAACCAAAGGGCAAUAAUGAAAGAAAUCCUGUGGGAAGAAGAAAUCCUCUCUAGGUGCCAAUCUUGUGGAACUCAAUUUUGAUCAGAAAGAAAAAGGGAACACUCACGUGUGCAUAUCACAAAACUGUCGACAUGGAGGAGAAACCCUAUACAUGCCUUGAGUGUGGAAAGAGCUUCAGUUGGAGGAGCAAUCUGCUACUGCAUGAAAGGACUCACACUGGGGAGAAACCUUUUAAAUGCCCGGAGUGUGAAAAGAGCUUCACUCAUAGUUCAGGCCUAUAUUCACAUCUAAGGACUCACACUGGGGAGAAACCUUUUAAAUGCCCGGAGUGUGGACAGAGCUUCACUGGGAGUUCAGGUCUACGUUCACAUCAAAGGACUCACACUGGGGAGAAACCUUUUAAAUGCCCGGAGUGUGGACAGAGCUUCACUGAGAGUUCAGUUCUACGUUCACAUCAAAGGACUCACACUGGGGAGAAACCUUUUAAAUGCCCGGAGUGUGGACAGAGCUUUGCUCAUAAUGGAAGUCUACAUUCACAUCAAAGAACUCACACUGGGGAGAAACCCUAUAACUGCCUGGAGUGUGGACAGAGCUUUACUCAAAAGGGACACUUAGAUUCACAUCAAAGGACUCACACUGGGGAGAAACCCUAUAACUGCCUGGAGUGUGGACAGAGAUUUGCUUUUAGUUCAAAUCUACGUUCACAUCAAAGAACUCACACUGGGGAGAAACCCUAUAACUGCCUGGAGUGUGGACAGAGCUUUGCUCGUAGUUCAGGACUACGUUCACAUCAAGGAACUCACACUGGGGAGAAACCCUAUAAAUGCCUGGAGUGUGGACAGAGCUAUACUCGUAGUUCAGGACUACGUUUACAUCAAAGAACUCACACUGGGGAGAAACCCUAUAAAUGCCUGGAGUGUGGACAAAGCUAUACUUGUAGUUCAGGAUUACGUUCACAUCAAAGGACUCACACUGGGGAGAAACCCUAUAACUGCCUGGAGUGUGGACAAAGCUUUGCUCAGAAGGGACACUUACAUAGACAUCAAAGAACUCACACCUGGGAGAAACCCUAUAACUGCCUGGAGUGUGGACAGAGCUUUGCUCGUAGUUCAAAUCUACGUUCACAUCAAAGAACUCACACUGGGGAGAAACCCUAUAAAUGCCUGGAGUGUGGACAAAGCUAUACUUGUAGUUCAGGAUUACGUUCACAUCAAUGGACUCACACUGGGGAGAAACCAUAUAAAUGCCUGGAGUGUGGACAGAGCUUUGUUUGUAGUUCAGGACUACGUUCACAUCAAAGAACUCACACUGGGGAGGAACCCUAUAACUGCCUGGAGUGUGGACAGAGCUUUGCUCGGAAGGGAAGCUUACAUAGACAUCAAAGGACUCACACUGGGGAGAAACCAUAUAAAUGCCUGGAGUGUGGACAGAGCUUUGUUUGUAGUUCAGGACUACGUUCACAUCAAAGAACUCACACUGGGGAGAAACCAUAUAAAUGCCUGGAGUGUGGACAGAGCUUUGCUUUUAGUUCAAAUCUACGUUCACAUCAAAGGACUCACACUGGGGAGAAACCCUAUAACUGCCUGGAGUGUGGACAGAGCUUCACUCAUAGUUCAGGACUACGUUCCCAUCAAAGGACUCACACUGGGGAGAAACCCUAUAAAUGCCUGGAGUGUGGACAGAGCUUCACUCAGAAGGGACACUUACGUUCCCAUCAAAGGACUCACACUGGGGAGAAACCCUAUAACUGCCUGGAGUGUGGACAGAGCUUCACUCAUAGUUCAGGACUACGUUCCCAUCAAAGGACUCACACUGGGGAGAAACCCUAUAAAUGCCUGGAGUGUGGACAGAGCUUCACUCAGAAGGGACACUUACGUUCCCAUCAAAGGACUCACACUGGGGAGAAACCCUAUAACUGCCUGGAGUGUGGACAGAGCUUUGCUCGUAGUUCAGGACUACGUAGACAUCAAAGGACCCACACUGGGGAAAAACCAUAGAAAUGCAUGGAGUGUGGACAGAGCUUCAGUGGUUGUUCAACUCUACAUUCACAUCAAAGGACUCACACUGGGCAGAAACCAUAGAAAUGCAUGGAGUGUGGACAGAGCUUCAGUGGUUGUUCAACUCUACAUUCACAUCAAAGGACUCACAC